GAUGACAAAACCUCUAAGCAUCUAGAAAGAAAAAAUGAAAAAUACUUCAAUCUUUCUAGUUGUCUUUGCCCUAUGCAUGAUUAGCAAUGCAUAUGGCCAUUCGAAUCCAUUUAAAGGAAAAAAGACGUCGUUGUUAUUCAGGAACAGUCUUUCUCACAACAAAUGGCUCAAGGUACGUUGUAAAUCUGGGGACAAUGAUGUUCGUGAAAGAUAUAUGAAACCUGGAGAAGAUUGGGGUUUUAGUUUCCACGAUGACGUUAUGGGAGAAACACUUUUCUGGUGUACAAUGUAUAAAGGAGCUGAUUACAAGGUACAAAAGAAGUUUGACGCAUAUGUUCAAGACAAGAGAAUGCCUCAUGGUGGCUCGUAUAAUUAUGUUGCUCAAGAAGAUGGGAUCUAUCACAGUACUUUGAUACACCGUAUGCGGAAGAUGUAUGAUUGGAAUUAGGGAUGUUGGAUAAAACUCUCCUAUGUUUAUCCAAUAUUUAUAAAAUGCUUAUUCAAAUCUUUGAUUUGAUAUAGUUGUAAAGUAUUAUUAUUACUCUUUGUUUUCAUGUAAGAAUCACUCUUUACAUUCAAAGAAAAGUGUAAGGGAGAAGUUUCAGAAUGAUUCAAAGAAGGACAAUUUGUUUAUGUGCAUGUUAUCCUCAUGUCAAUUUAAGGAAUUCGUCAAGAACAAAAAAUAACAUGCCAUUAUUAAAAAAACAUUACGUUUGCGCCA